UUUUAGAAUAUAAUAAAUUGAGUGAUAACAACGUGAAAAAUGUUCCCUGGUUGUGACAUUCCAUCAAAUUUCAAAAAUACUCAAAUGCACCAUCUCUAUUCUAAUGGAUCUCAGAACUGAUUUGCUCCUGUAGUUAGUCUUCGACCCAAUGGGAGCAUGCCUCCUCAACACUUUCAAAGAAGGGUGGAAAAUUCAUAUAAUGGAAAUGAAACCACUCCUUAUGGUAAUUAUGAGCACAGAGGAAGCUUGCAAUCCAGGUCUUUUGCUCAAUUAGGAGACCAAAAUUACUCUCUUGGAUAUUCUCCUGAUGAAUCUGUUCCUUCUCUAAAUUAUGUAUCUGAGAGGCUCACUUCUAAUACGAGCCAAAUGGUCCCGCUAAUUCAGUUCAAUUCAAAGAAUCAAGAAAGAUAUAUAGACUGUUUAAAUCAGAGACAGGAUACUCUGGUAAAUAGGAAGACCUUACCUACAAUUGUUCCAACUCGCCAGGGUUCUGACUCAAAAUUUGCUGAUAUGAGAGUAUUAGAUAAAGUCGAGAUGUCUCCUCCUAAAUUGGGCCUUGCUAGACAAGCGAUAAGCGGCCUUCACAAUAUUCCUAAGUCUCAAUUGCUACCUAAACCUCUACGUAAAAGAGUAAGAUCUAAUCUCAGUACUGACUCUUGUGAAUCUUCUUGCUAUAAAUUUGCUAAGACUUCGGAGAGAUUUCAUGGUUCUAAAAGAGCGAAAGGAAGAGCCAGAAAUGCCAGAACCCGUUCUAGCCCUGAGUCUCGCUCGAAAAGGAAUCACUUUAGAAAGUCCUCUUCUCCUAAAACUCUCCCCAAAAGAGAAUCCUAUAAUAUGAAAAGAUUAGAUUUAGGUCAUAGUAUUCAGUCAGUCAGGCACCAACAGGAGUUGAAGUCUCGCUUGAAGGUUAUGGUUUUCCGUGAGAAGACUCUGAAAGAAGACCUCUCUAUUGUUGUGCCAUCUCUCCCUAUCACACUUAUCCCGUCAAUGGACAUUCCAAAAAUCAUGGAGGAGUAGCUACGAUAACCGAGAAAGCUUGCCCUAUCCAGUCUGUUUUCGAUAAUACAUUUCUCGAGUUUUACCAUUUAAAUUCUAAUUUUUGAAGGAGGACUUGCUUCCUGGUUUAGGCUGAUAUAAAAUUUUAUCCUUAAAAUCUUCUUCCACCUCAUAUAUCCACUAGAAGGCUUUUAAAUAUUA